AUGAUAGAGGAAAGUAGGUCCCUUGUAGUUGGCCAAUCUAAUGGGGAACAAUAUGAGGUUAUUGACAGCUAUAGUAACUCCUUCAAUUUAUGUGAUAGGACAUGCUUAUGCCGACAUUGGCAAAUUUAUGGUCUACCGUAUUGGUAUGCUUGUGCGGCGAUCAUGCAAAGUGAUACUAACAACCAUCAUUUCAUGGAUGAAUAUCACACAGUUGCUUCAUACAAGGCAGCAUACACAAGCCCAAUAUUUCCCAUACCAGACGAUGACAAACCUAAAGAUGAUAGCCGACCUCUACGUCUUCGACCACCUAUUACAAAGAAAAGACCUGGGCACCCAAGACGCAGAAGGAUUGAAUCACAAGCAUUCAAUGUGAGGGAGCUACGUUGUAGUCGUUGUCACGAAGUUGGGCAUAAUAGAGAUACCCAGAUUUCAUCAUCUUUAGUGUGUUCAUCUGAGAUGGAGGCGGGAUCAUCCUUCUUUGGCGGGUUGCUGGCAAUGCCUUCUGCUAAUAUCCGUGUAGCAUACUAA